UUAGUUCGUGUUUAUCUCAUGAAACGUGGAACAGCGUAUACAACUGUCUGCACGCUGGCCCGUCACUGUCUCACAGGCGCAGGCAUGGUUCUUUCUCUGGGAUGGGUCUCAGCUCUUGUCGCGGGUCUUUUCUCCGCUCAUGUUUUACAGAAACUCUUCUUCCCAUACUUCUGGAGGGACCUCCUCUUUCUCCUGAAGGUGAUAAGGUACGGCGUAAGGCUGGAGCUGUACAAGCUGACGUCCAGCGUGUGUACGGUCCUGGACAGGUUCAUCCAGCAGGCUCAACGCGUUCCCAAUAAGCCGUUUGUUAUCUACGAUGAAACCAUCUACACGUACCGGGACAUCGAGAAACGCAGCAACAGACUUGCCAAUGUUUUCUUGGAGAGAGUAAACUUGAGGAAAGGAGACUGCGUUGCCUUGCUCAUGAACAACGAGCCCGACUUCCUGUGCGUUUGGUUCGGGUUGGCGAAAGUAGGCUGCUCGGUUGCUUUCCUCAACACCAACAUCAAGUCCAGAUCUCUACUGCACUGCUUUAACUGCUGUGGAGCCAAAACUCUGAUUGUUGGUUCAGAUUUAGUGGAGUGUCUGGACAGCAUCCUAAGCAGCCUACUGGAGGACAACAUUCAGGUGUGGGCCAUGAAGAGCCAGAGUGAGAACACACAGGUGCACACCCUGUUGGAUAAGAUUGAUGUCGCCUCUGACCAGCCUGUUCCAGCCGUGUUACGUUCCAGCACUUCCCUCAAAUCUCCCACGCUGUACAUCUUUACCUCUGGAACAACUGGGCUCCCGAAGGCUGCAGUGAUCACUCACCUCCAGAGCUUGAAGGCAGCAGGGGGUUUUUGGGCAUUUGGGGCCACUGAAGAUGAUGUGAUAUACAUCCCUCUGCCCCUCUACCAUAGUGCAGCUUCCUUAAUUGGUAUAGGAGGAACCAUAGAGCUGGGCGCAACCUGUGUCUUGAAGAAGAAGUUCUCAGCCUCCCAGUUCUGGAAUGACUGUAGAAAACAUAAUGUGUCGGUUUUUCAGUAUAUUGGUGAACUCUGCAGAUACCUUUGCAACCAGCCUAAGACUGAGAUGGAGAAAGUUCACAAGGUGCGAAUGGGAGUUGGGAAUGGGCUGCGGCAGGACGUCUGGCGGGAGUUCCUGAAUCGCUUUGGAAACAUUAAAAUGUGUGAGGUAUACGGCUCCACUGAGGGAAACCUAUGUUUCAUGAACCACAUUGGCAAGAUUGGUACUGUGGGCCGCUCCAACUUCAUCUACAAGCUCCUGUUCAAGUAUGAUCUGGUAAAGUAUGACAUGAUGAAAGAUGAACCAGUGAAAGAUCAAUAUGGUUUCUGUCAGCGAGUAGAAAAAGGUGAGACGGGGCUUUUACUUUCCAAGGUGAGCGCCACUACACCGUUCUUUGGUUAUGCUGGAAGCAAGCAGCUGACUGAGAAGAAGCUGAUGAGAAGUGUGUUCGUGAAGGGAGAUGCCUACUUUAACACAGGCGACCUCAUGGCUGAAGAUAAGGAAGGUUUCAUUUGUUUCAAAGACAGAGUGGGAGACACCUUCAGGUGGAAAGGGGAGAAUGUGGCAACCACAGAGGUAUCAGAGACUCUUGGACUGGUGGAUUUUAUUCAAGAGGUCAAUGUGUAUGGAGUGGAAAUACCAGGGCAUGAGGGCAGAGCAGGAAUGGCCGCUGUGAUUGUCAGACUGGGCCUCACAUUUGAUGGGAAAAAACUGUUUGAGCAUGUGACGAAGGAUCUUCCAACGUAUGCUCGCCCGCUCUUCAUAAGGCUUCAGGAGGUGAUGGAAAUGACAAGUACCUUCAAGCAACAGAAGUUCCAGUUGGUGCAAGGCGGCUUCAACCCCUCAGUCAUCUGUGAUCCUCUCUAUGUGUUAGAUUACCAACAGAAGACCUACAUUCCCCUUACUGAUAGCAUCUACCAGAGCAUACUCGCAGGAGAACGCAAGCUAUAGAAUUCACAAGCAUGGCUGUUAGGACAUGAUGCAAAACAUUGCACAAAGAAGCUUAGAAAUGAGCCAUUUUUACUAAAGCAUUUUGCAUUUUAAACCAGUAAGCCUACAAUCCUGUUGAAUCAUUUACUGGGGUCUGAAUGAGAAGCCAUCUUCUAGCUAGUUUGAGGGUCAUGAUGAGUGUUGAAAUGUGAAGAGUAAUGAGAUAUUUUUGUCAAACAAAUAUCAGAUAAAUAAUAUGAAGCUGAACGUAUCACGAUGAAACAACUCUAUACUAUAAAUUAACAUUGUUUAACUGGAAAUCUCUUUCAUUUGUUCAUUCACCUGAAAAGAAGACAUAUAUAGGAUUUUCCCUUAAUUCAUAUAUUAAUUAGAAAUACUUGACAAAUCUGAUAAUAAUCAGUGUGGGGUGUUAUUAAGGUUGGAAUUUUUGGUUUACAUUAGGGGUCUUGGAUAUUUUAAGCUGCAAAUGAAUGAUAUUUUAUUAUGAAGUGUUUAAUAGAUUUACUCUAGCCUGGGAAAUAGUCCAGUCUGUGAGCCCAUAUUUGAUUUGCUCCUGUUCGCACGGAUUUCCAUAUAACAUGGUUUGUGAUGGGCCAGUCACAUAAUUAUUUCAGUUAAGGUUUGAGUUUGUACCAAAUUUGGGCUUAACUAAUAGAGACAUUAAUGGAUUAUAAUAAUUAUAAUAAUAUAAUUAAUGGGUUGCCUGUGUGAUAAGAGGAGUUUGUAAGGGGUAAAACCUCUUAAACCUGACCAAAUGCACUUAAAUGACAAAUUUAAUUAAAUUAAAAAAUUAAAACCCCAUAUAAAUGAACCCCCUGUAUAAAUGAAGGAGUGGACUGUUAUUUGACCAGUUUAAAAAGCCAUUAAAUUGUGCAGACAAACAGUUAAAUAUUCUGUAUACAUUAUGAUCUAAACUGCCCACCAAUAGUGCCUUAAUUACAUCAAUACUCAUUGAUUUAUUAAAAAAAAUCAUCAAACAGACAACAUGAAGAAUGUAGAGUUAUGAAAAUGAAGGUUUGUAACUUACAAGCAAAAUAACUGACUGGCUCUGUCAACUUGUUUUUUCCAAC